GAUUGGCCGGUUUGAAGUGUUUGGGGAUCGUGCACGCCGACCUCAAGCCCGACAACAUAAUGUUCAACUCCGGGACGGGGAACAAUAUUCUGGUGAAGAUCAUCGAUUUUGGUUGGGCAUUUGACAUGAAGAACGUACACACAAUGUACCAAAAGGAGAUACAGGCGAUCCCGUACCGCGCACCUGAGGUGUGCUUCCAAGGCAGACUGGACCAUGGUCUGGACAUGUGGGCCCUGGGAUGUAUCAUGCCGGAAAUUGUUACUGGCGUCAAGUUGUUUGACGUGGAAGAGGAGGAGCUGUUGGUCAAAAUGAUUAUACGUACACGGCCCAUGCCCAAUUACUUGGUAACGGAUUUACCAGCGGAUAUUCUCGAAACGGAACUCACCGUCGGUUGGAUUCAAUUUCAGAAUUUACAACAUGACGUGAUGGAGCAACCCGACCAGCAGUGCUGUGAGGACAUCGAGUGGUUCGUGGACUUGGUACACAAAAUGCUAAUUGUAAUGCCGGAAACGCGUAUAACAGCGGUUGACGCACUCGCUCAUCCGUUCCUGACGAUCAUGCAUUUCAUCAAGUACCCGAGCACAGUGAUGACCAAGAAAAACACUAAAUUUAUGGAAUCGUGUAUGCUGGACAUUUAAAUUGAAAUCAACUCCAGUGUUGUUCCGGCACCGUCUCCCACAUGUCUGAUCCAAAAAUCAGCCAACACUUCCCACCGAUCAGCACCAUCGGAGAAAGUUUUUUUUUUUAAAUAAUCAUAUAUUAUGUGUAAUAUAUUUAGUGUACAAGAUGACUGUAUCAUCUCGAAGACAUCGAAUACGAUAAUAAUAAAGAUAACUAUGCAAUACCAUUCGCGCUGCGUUAUGUAUUGGUUAUUAUAUUAUUGAAUAAAUAGUUCGAGGGAUCAUGGUUUAUAUUUGGGUAUAACUAAUGUUCGUCCGUCGUGGCUGUCUACACGGGUCGAGAG